AUGACGACCAAGAUUAAAAGCAUUCUUCAUCAGCUUCAUUCUGAAUUCCGCCUGAAACAACUGGGUGAAGUUGCGUUGUUUAUCGGCAUCCAGGUUAUCAAAACCAACAACAGUUAUUUCUUACAUCAACAACAUUAUGCACGUGAAUUACUUUCCCAUGCAGGUUUCACCGAUUGUAAACCAUCUACAACUUCUAUUGGUAUGAAGCGAAGCAAAGAAUUGAUUGAUAAAGCCUAUUCUGAUCCCACUCACUACCAAAAGCUUGCUGGAUCACUCCACUAUCUAUCUAUUACACGAUCAGACAUAGCGUUUGCAACCAAUUAUAUAUGCCAACAUAUGCACAAUCCAAUUAACAUGAAUUUUCAAGAUCUCAAGCAUCUCUUAAGGUACAUCAAAGACACCAUCAACUACGGUCUUCGCAUCCAAUCCGAAAAUCUGAUGCUUCGAACAUAUACGAAUGUUGAUUGGGCUUCUGACUCAGCUGAUCGAAAGUCGAUCACUAGUUUUUGCACUUUUCUCGGACCCAAUCUGAUCUACUGGUCCAUCAAAAAAUAG